CCUGUGAUGGGAGUUUUAAUAAUGGCGUGGCCGUGGCGGGGGGCUGCUGCUCUCUGCCCAGCAUGAGAAAACCACCUGUAGACACCGCGACGCAGUUUUAUCAGCGAUUAGAAAAGUGAUUUAGCGGAAGUUAUAAUGUCACCCCGCAUAGUAAAUCUCCGCUGAGAGCCUGCUCUUCAAACUCUGUGAAACUACGGGCUUUGAGGCUGGAAGCGCUUUGUCAUGUCGUUACUGUGUGUCAGAGUGAAGAAAGCCAAGCUCCAGGGACCACCAGAUAAGUUCAACACCUAUGUGACGCUGAAGGUGCAGAAUGUCAAAAGCACAACCAUCACUGUGCGGGGGGACCAGCCUUGCUGGGAACAAGAUUUCAUGUUUGAGAUCAACCGGCUUGACCUCGGCCUCAUUGUUGAGGUGUGGAACAAAGGCCUCAUCUGGGACACCAUGGUGGGAACCUCCUGGAUUCCUCUAAAGAGUGUUCGACAAUCAGAAGAGGAGGGCUCAGGCGAGUGGCUUUUUCUGGAUUCAGAGGUCCUGAUGAAAGCAGAUGAGAUAUACGGCACCAAGAGCCCAACGUCGCAUCGGCUCCUGCUGGAUACUCGCUUCGAGCUGCCUUUCGACAUCCCAGAUGAUGAGGCGCAGUAUUGGACAGGCAAGCUGAAGCACAUCAACACCAUGGAAAUCCAUGAUGAGUACUCUCUGCAGGUUGAUGUUCAGAAUCGUCAGCUGCCAUUUGCGGCCUCCCAGUGCUGCAACUAUUUCGGAUGGGCUGACCCACUGACUUUGGAUGACCAGGACAGUGCUGUAGAUGACCGGGAUAGUGACUACCGCAGUGAGACCAGCAACAGUUUGCCUUCACGUUACCACACAACAGCUCAGCCCAACUCCUCCAUACACCAGUACCCCAUGGGGCCUCGGCCACAACACCCCCCAGACUGUUGUACAGACUCUGUCCACAGCUUUGACCUGGACUACCGGGACCAGAGAGGAAGCAGAUCUUUAAAUCAGAAAGGAAGAGUGAGAAUUAUACCUGUAGAUUCUGGCAUGGGGGUUGAAGAUUGGGAAAACAAAUACAAAGGGCAGAGCAAACCUCAGCUGAGUGACUUUUUAGACGAUGAGGAGGACAGUGUUAUCUUUCGAAUGGGAAGGCCCUACCCUGAGCCAUCACACACACCGGUCUGUCAAAAUCCAAAGCGCAGCGGUUUUCUGCCUGCUACCUACCCCGAAAGCUAUGACACUAUUGACCGUCGGCGAAAAAAAAAGAUAAUGGACUCAAGAGGGUUUGUCAAUACAGAGACUGAGAAAUUCAGAGAAGAGACUUCUACCUCUGACUUUGCACUUCUCCGUGAGAAGAGAGGGGAGCUGUUCAUGCGGCAGGUAGCAGAGAUGCAGGAAGAGGAGGAGCGAAUGACUUCAUGCCUCAGGCCAUACAAGAAUGGGCUUCUCUACAAGACAAGGAUGUGGGCUAAAAAUGAGCUUGACAACACUUUGGAGAAUUAUGUGGCAUACCAAAAAGAGGAAGAUGCUAAAAUAAGGGCACGGUUUGAUUUUGAGAGUCCUCAGGAUCUGAAGUAUCCCAUUGGCGUAGAGGAAGAUGUCGAUGACAUUGCCUUUAUGGCUGAGGACUGUCACUUGGAAAAUGAAAGACGUUACAAAGACAGGUAUUGCUUGUCCCAUGAGGGCCACAUAGACAAUUCUCAGGGUCUUCGGGAGAAGAAGUGUGGAAAAUCUAAAGCUGGAGGGUGGAUUGCUGAGACAAUACUCUCUCCUGUGGAGGAACCAAGUGAUGAAUAUGUUGACCCCAUGGACGAGCUCCAGUGUCUAGUGGAAACUGUUUCUGAAUAUCUCGCUGAAAAAGAAGAGGAAAUCAGCAAGUACGGUUCCCUCCCGAAGUCAAACAAAUCUAGAUUAUCUUCUCUAGGUAGCAAUAGAACUGAUUCUUUUGGAGAGGACCAAAAUGCUUCAUCAAAGGAUCCUAGAGGAGAAUCCCAAUCACACACACCUCCUGAUCAGGGUAUUUCAGGUGUGAAAAAUGCAGUGAGUUCAUUGUUUAGCUCUCUCUCUGACAAAGUUGGAGGAAGCCCCAAACAACCAGUCCCAUCUCCGCAGACAUCAUCUGCACAGCCCUCUCAAUCCGGACUAACAAAACUGUUGUCUUUUAUUCCUAAAUCAAAUACCUCAGCUCCUGUAGCAGUUGUGUCUCCAGUGGAAACCUCCCCUGAAAAAUCACUCAGUUCUUUGCCUUCUCAGCCAUUACAUGAUGCCAAAAAUGUAGGUCAUUAUCAAGAAUCAAAAAUUCCCUUAAGGAGCCAGACUCAAACAGGUACAACAAAAGAUGUGCCUGAAUUUGCAACCAAACCCCAAAGUGCUCAAGGAAACUCAUUCUUUGGAAAAUUGAAUCCUAUAAAGCUUUUCUCAGGAGAUAAUGAGAACUCCACUGAAGACAAACAGGCACCAGAGUCCACAUAUUCGCAUGGCCAUACACAGUGGAAUGAAAAGUGUGUUGAUAAUUGUGUACAUCAAGGUAAUCAGCCGAUGACAACAGAACGGGGUAAGAAAUAUGAAAAAUUAAUAAGCUCAUCACAACAGAAACCUCUGGAACAAAAUCAUGAUGAAAAUGUGCACAGGAGACAGAAUCCACUGAUGUACAAACACGAAAAUGUGCCUGUUCCAGGGCCAGAAAGAUCGACUGGCCAAACACAAUCCACUGGACUUUUUAGCCCUUUUAGGAAGUCGUUAAGUUCAUUGAUUACACCCACAGUCCCAUUUCCACCUCAGGGGCCUCCUCCGGUGGCUGUUUAUCCAGUAUUUAGAACCAGUGAGGCUCCCCAACUACAGAAACCAGCAGAGGACCCCUCGUUGAAUAGCAAGCCUAAACUACCUUUCACCUCCUCUGAAAAUGCGUCCACUCAGCAACGCCCCAAGGCAGAAGGAGGACUGCUUUCUGGUUUUCUAAAGUUUGCAUCCAGUGAAGAUAUUAGUGCCUCCACAAAAACAACAAACCAUGACUCAUCUGUCACGUCCUCUACUAGCUUUACGCAGAAUUCUGCUGUGCCCCAGGAGAACAAUGAAAAAGGGUGGCUUUCAAGCAUUUUUAACCCGGUCCCUGCUCCCUCUGGUUCAGGUCAGAAUUUAAUCAGUAACCAGCAAUCUCAGAACACUAAAGUGCCACCUGGCUCCCAAUUACAACAUGCAUCAAGUCAGAAAUCAACAUCAGCGCCUCAUGGAAUGCAGCAUCAAGUUCCCAGUCAGCCUGAGUCACAGAGUUUUUUGACAGGUCUUUUUAAAGGUAGUGCAGCUGAGGAAACCUCUCAUAUGGGUGCUAAUCAACCCAAACAAGGAGGACUGCUGUCUGGACUUCUUAAAUUUGGGUCUAACAGUGACCUGGCUGGCAGUGUGCCACAGCCUGCUUCUCAUAACAAUCAACAGCCCAAGAGCAAUAAUCCGUCACAGUUUCCCAGUAACCCUCCUCGACAAAAUCCUACAGCUCCGCAGAUGGGGGGGCUUCUCUCAGGACUAUUGAAAUUUUCAUCAACAGAAAACAUACAACAAAAUCCACAACCCUCUGUAGGUGAAAAGCAGAGGAACAUCCCUGACAAUUACUAUGGUCAUCAUCGGACAUCAGAUGAAACUCAGCCAACACAGCCUCAGCAAAAGGGCCUCGUGUCUGGCUUCCUUAAAUUUGCAUCAUCUGAGAGUAUUUCCAGCAGUCAAACAAUUAACCAACAAAGCAGUGCUCAAUGUAACCAACAAAAUUUCCAGCAACAGAAUACUCAAGUUCCAAACCGAGGUCCUCCUCUCAGAGACAGAACCUCGAGUCAGCAAGUUGUCCAAAGAGAGACAAGUAAACCAGGCUUUACUAGACAACAAACUGUCCCACUUCAGCAAAAACCAUCCCAUCAAGGUGGUAUUUUGUCUGGUCUUUUUAAAUUUGCUUCAGCAGACAGCAUUAACACACCAAGUCAACCACCCCCUCAACAGCAGGGCAUUACCCAAAGCAGAUCUAACCAUGAGAAAGUACAAAAGAAUAUCCCAAUUUCUAACCAAAACCAACCACAAUUUAGCACAACACAAAAUACAACUCAAGCAAGUGGGCUUUUGUCUGGACUGUUCAAAUCAUCUUCAGAACAUGUGGCUCAACCACAGCAGCCCACUCAAGAACAAAUCAAGGUGUCAUGUAGCCAGACUGGUCAGACACAGAUGGAGACACCAAGUCAGCCUGGGAGGCUCUCAGGAUUUUUUAACAAGUUAACUAAAUCACCUGAAAGUGCUGACACAGCCAGCCAGACAUUAACGGGACAAUUGCCACAACAGAAGGACAAUACAGCUGCAAUAAAAAGCCCACCAAACCAGCAAAAACAGUCAUGCACUAAUUUAACACAGUCUACACAAGAACAUGAAGAGAAAGAGAAGAGGAUUUCACAAAAUUCCCAGCAAGGUUUUUUGUCUGGGUUGUUCAGCAGAAAUGUAACUGAGGACCCUUGUACUGAACAAGUCGAACAACAGACUCCCUCAGUGAAGUUCACAGAUUCAAAUUCAAGCACAUUAAAAAGUGCUACCUCAGGCUUAGGGAGGGAAAGUUUGCGAAGUGUUGUUCCAGGUUCUCCCAAUCUAGGACAGAGUAGACAUGCUUUAAUCCAUCCACCUAUGUCAGUUGGUACUGAGGGUUUGGACUUACGGACAUCUGCUACUUUUGCGAGAUCUCUUCAGAGUCAGGCAUCAUACUCCUCAAUUAGCUCAAGUAAUUUAGCUCAGUUAUACUAUUCUAGUUCACUUCAUUCAUUUAAGCCACUGGCUUAUAGUACCGGAAAUAUUAAUUCAGUCAUGACCAUGCAGCCAUAUAUAAGUGGAAGCACUCCCUCUUUGUAUGGAGCUACAAAUCAAAACCUUUACCAAGGUCAGCUGUCCCCAUAUGGAAUAAGUCCCUCUUAUGAUGAAAACCAGUGGAUCCGGGAAAGUACUCUAUGGCAGCAGUUUCAGAAUGAGUCACUGAAUUAUCACUUUCAAGAAGAAGAACAAGGUUAUAGACAGAGCUGUGAAAAUAUGUCAUUAUCAGCCACUGCUCUUCAUUGCACUUCCUCAAAUAUCAAUCAGUCAGUUAACCCUACACUAUGGCAAGGUGUUGUUUGUCACCAAGAGCAAACUGUGCCAUAUCAGUUUGAGGGACACAUAAGUAAUGACCCAUAUCCAAAGAGAAAAUUGUGGAAUAGUUAUGAAGAUUUGGUAAACAAAGGAUAUUCACCUAAUGAGGAAGGCGUUUUGAACUUGGCUACUAAACAGAGUAAUGCAAAGUUUGAAAAAUGGCAUUCACGUAAUGAUGGUAGCACUUACAGCUUGAAUGGCAUUUCAUAUCAUGAAGGCUAUUAUGAGGAGACUGCACCAAGCUUAUCUUAUUCGGCCAACUGGCAAUAUGGAAUGGAUAAUGCUGCCUUGCAAAAUUUUCAUAGUGAUGGCAUGAACUAUCAGAGUCAGUAUAAUUUGAAUAGACCAGAAUCAAACUGUAUUCCAAAUGCCAAUACUGACACAGAAGAUGCUCUGUACCUGGAAGACACUGAAUGGUAUCAGCAGUGGCUUGCACUUUUGGAGCAAGGAAUGUGGUGGCCAGCAGAAGAUGGUGACUGUGGCUACUUUGUUUACACAGAUCAUGAGUACAUUUAUGCCUUGCUUACAGAUGCAGGAGGUGAAUAUGUGUAUGCGUGUACGCCUGAGGGUGAAUCUUGGGGAGAUGGACAGAAAUCAGAUAGUUUCCCCAGCGCUUGGCUGCACAAUGAAAUGGUUUUAGUCUGUGGCUUUAAAAUUCCACUUUACAAUGAGGAUGAGCUUCUUUGGUUUCCUGGUCAAAAUCACAGUGAUUCAAAACUUCUUAAUGCCCCUCUUGAUUUGUCAGCUGCCUAUAAGAAAGGAAAUGAGAUUAUGAAUUUAAAUCUGGAGCAGUUCUCUCAAAUGUUUGAAAACUCAUUUCUGUCACAGGGGCAACAAGGUGUGGAUAUCACAUCGUACAGAUUGAACAAAGUCAGGAUGGAUCCAAGACAUCCCAGUUAUGUUUAUGACAAUUACUCCAAAGAUGUCAUUGACCUUUCGUGUCGUAAUAAAGACCACAUCUAUCCUCAUUGGAAUAACCAGGAAAUGAAGACAUUUCUUUCUCAAAAGGUUGCUGUUUCUUUGAACUCUACUCCUACUGCAAAUUCAAAUCAGCAGCUACUUUACAACUGUUACCAACCUAGCCAAAGGCGACGCUCAUCUACGGCUGUCACAGUAAAACAUGUUGAUGAAGUAUCAGAGGAAGAAUGGAGGAAAAGAGUAUCUCCAGGAGAAGAGCAGCCUAAUCGUCAAGUCAAAAAGAUUACUUCCCUAAUAUCAUCUUUUGUCAGCAAAACAUCACAGGUGGAACAGAACAAAACCAGCAUGUCUCCAUCUGAACAAAGUUCUGACAAGUCUUCUAAGAAUAUUCUUUCAUCAGGUUUCCAAAGUUUGAAGUCUAAGAUCACCAAAGAAGAAUCCUCUUCUGCUGUGACCCAGCCAGAAAGUGGUAAAAAACAAAUGCAGAGGCCAACUACCUCACAGGGAAGAAUAUUGCCCACAAUACCAACAACAACUCAAGUGACUCACCCCUCAACACAAUCACAUACUUUACAGAAACCCACACUUUCGCGUCAAACUACCAUGGUUCAGCAAACAACCCCACCAACAAAACCCAGUGCCACAGUGCCUUUAGGAUCAAAAGAAUCUCUCACAAAAUCUGUGCCACCUGGAAACCUUGCAUCUGAUAAGCCAGUGGAUAUAGCAGUGGAGAAACCCUCUGAACAACCACAGGCAGGCUUCAUGAACCUUCUCAAAUCAGCAGUUGGAAUGGAGGAGACUAAACCUGAACCCCAGAAAAUUUCUCAGACCUUCCCCAAUCAGCAGACUAAAACUGGCAGCACUGCCUCCUUACCAGGCAGUGCCUCUGCAAAUAAAGAAGCUACAGGAGUAUCAAAUCUCUUUGGAUCAAUAGGCAGCCUGUUUAGUGGUGAGCCAUCACCACCACAAAACCAGCAUAUUAAAUCUAGUGUUACAGAGGGUUCUCUGGCAUCGGCAUCUAGAUCAAUGGGUAUACAGAGACAGCAAACUAUGGAUCAAACUGCCGCAUCUCGACACUCACAGAAUCAACCCAGCCAACCACCAAACAAAAGUAUCUCCCAAGAGUCUACUUCCAAAUUUUCCUCAGGCCCUGCAGCAAGCCAUGUCCAAACUGUGCCACCUGAAGCACAGACAAAGCAGGAAGCAUCAAAUAAACAAUCUAGUGGACUUUUUGGAUUUUCAAUCGGAGAAAUGCUUACAGGGUCAACAACCACUCCUCAGUCUGGCCCCAGUCCUCAAACCCCUGCAUCAACUACAGCUCCACAGGAGGAAUCUCUUGGUAAAAGUAUACUUUCAAUUUUCUCUGGGCCAAGUCCUCAGCAGGCUGCUCCCAAACCUGAGACAUUGCCUCAAACAAAUUCACCAAGUGUAGCUCCAACAGCUUCACAACCUCCUCAACAGGAAACACUCGGUAAAAGUUUGCUGUCAAUGUUUGGAGGUUCAACUCCUCCCCAGCCUGCUAGUCAAAGUAGACCUUCUGCUGAGGCACCACAACAAGGAGCUAAUCCACCAAAAGAUCCUCCAUCUACAGGAUUUCUUUCGAUGUUUAGUGGCCCUAGCAACCAACCAUCUCAACCCCAAACGGGAUCCUUUCUAGGAGGAAUUCUGCCUGGGUCAUCAGGUUCAUCUGAAAGCCCGAUGAAAGGACUGUUUUCAGUGUUUAGUGAUCCCAUUCCUCCCCAACCUCGGCCACCAACAGUGCCAUCCCAACAAGGAGUAGCUCAGUCACAAACUCAACAACAAAGGGUACCUCAGACACAGUCCAAGCCACAAGAACAUCCACAACCACAAGGACAGCCAGCCACUUCUGUUCUUGGGGGUAUAUUUGGUGGCUUGUCUGCUUCUAGUGAAAGUCCAAGAAAAAAUUUGUUCUCCAUGUUUAGUGGCCCCAGUACUCCUGAAACACCAGGAGGCGGUGUUGGUCCAAACAUGUCUUCCAUGCCAGGGACUGCAACCCCCAAAGUAUCUGCCAAGAGUAUACUCUCUGCUUUUAAUGACGCUGUGUCACCUCCGCAACAAACUCCCAAAGAUCCACCAGUGACUGAUUCACAACAAAGUUCUCCCCAAACGUCAUCUCUUACCAGAAGCAAUUUCCCAGAGGCACCAACUACCAGUGAAAUAUCAAAUAAAAAUAAUACUAAUUCUAGUGAAGUUCAUGCUGGCCCACCUUCUGACAUUGCUGUUGCAGCUUCAGAUACUUCUGAAGAGGGUUCACAACUUAAAGGCCUUGGUCUUGCAUCUAAGGAACCAAACUCAGAAUGUGUGUCUAAGGAAACAAAAACUGAAAGUGCACCCCUAGAUCCCAGUCCUCCUAAAGAACCGCCAGCUCCAGGUUUGAUAUCAGGAUCAGGCCCCCAUCCUCCAUCUUCAACUGGAUUUAUGUCAGAUGGUCCAGGGAAAGGUUUGCUGUCUUUAUUUUCUGCAUCCACUCCCGAUCCAUCUACAGAAUCUGCACCAGGAUCAUCAGGCCCCAAGGAUGCACCGAAAGGUUUGUUCUCAGUGUUUGGAGGUUCUGCCCCUCAGCCUUCCUCCCAGCCUGGGAGUUCUCUAUUAGGGGCAAUGUUUGGAGGAUCUUCCCCUCAAACACCAGCAUCUCAAACUGGUGGAUCAUUACUUGGUGGUUUAUUUGGAGGUUCUGCGCCUCAAACUACUCCGCAAGUUAGUUCCACUAAGACUGGGGGUUCUGUUCCUCAAACUGCAGGACCUCAAGCAGGAUCGUCAUUACUUGGAGGAUUAUUUGGUGGGUCUUCUCCACAGAGUGCUGGAUCUCAGACUGGGGGGUCAAUUUUGGGUGGACUUUUUGGAGUGCCGGCAGCUUCAUCUACAAUGCCUCAGACUAGUGGGUCUAUGAGUGGUCCUGCCACCCAAACAUCAACAGCCCAAAACAAUAGUUCUAUAUUUGGAGGGAUUUUGGGGGGAUCAGCUUCUCAGGCAAGUACUAUACAGACCGGCGCAUCUCUUCUGGGUGGUAUUUUACCUGGAGCUUCAGGUCCUAAUGAGCCAUCCAAUAAAAGUUUGCUUUCAGUAUUUGGAGAAUCUGCUCAAGCUUCAACAUCAACUGGAACUGCUACACCAACAUCUACUGAUGAUAAGAAAACAGUAACUACUGAUCUUAGCAGCUCUACGUCAAGUAUACCAAAACUGACUGAUCCCAGUACAGCUGGUUCAGUUGGUGAAGGAACAAUUGUGAGUGAUGCUGCUACCAAAAGCAAUGACCAGGUGGAAACAUUGCAGCAACCUGAUGGUACAGUUCAGUGUCUUGAGACAAGCUUGUCCAAAACUGAUGGAAGUGUCAGUGUAGAGGUUAGUUCCAAAGAUACAGGCGAGCCAAGUGCUUUAUCUGGAGAUCAGUCUAAACAUUCUGAAAUAUGUACAGCAGCACAACAGCCUGCAAGACCAGACAUUGUUGGUGAUGGUUUGAGUCAAGAUAAAACACCACCUAAAUUAGAUGAGGCAACACCCCCCACUCAGUCAACAAGUCCUGUUGUCCAGCUUCCACAGAAGCCUCCAGAGCCAGAAAAAUCUACUAGCGAUUCAGCAGCAGAUACAGUUUCAAACUUCAUGUCUUCCCUUUUCAAACCAACACCUGUUCCCAAUGAAGGUCCCCAACAGCAAAAGAACUCUUUGUUUGGACUGGGACUAACAGCAUCCCAAGCUGAUACCAGUCAGACUGGACCAUCACUAUUGGGGGGAAUAUUUGGAGGGUCUAAUGCUCAGACAGCAUCUCCCCAGACAGGACCAUCACUAAUAGGAGGCUUAUUCAAAGGAUCUGCUCCACAAUCUGGACCUCAGGCCACCACCACUGCCACUGGAGGUUCAUUAUUAGGUGGGAUGUUUGGAGGAGGUUCCUCAGCCAAACCCUCAGGUCCCCAGAGUGGUGGAUCAUUGCUGGGUGGAAUGUUUGGUGGGGCUGGAGUAACAUCACAGCCUAGUAGUUCUUUACUUGGAGGAAUGUUUGGAGGAGCGGCUGGUCAGGCUGCAGGAUCACAGACUGGAGCAUCCUUACUUGGGGGCAUAGGGGGAUCUUUAUUUGGGGGCAUUGGACAACAACCCUCUAAGCCUCCUCAAUCAGUGCCAGCUGAGCCAAAACCUGUACAGAGUACCAAUACACAGCCACAGCCUAAGAAUGAAAAUGUGUUAGCAAAAAUGCCUCCAUCUGACUGUGAGACCAGUACAUGUAAAAUAGCAGAUAAUGAUCAAGAAAAACCUGUAAGUCUAACAAAUAGCAGUGCCAUGCCACCUGACACAGGUUGUCCAAAAACAUCUGCCAUCACAAAUGCACCCAUAAACACUUCAGAUGACCUCAUCCAUCAGGAAGAUAACAUUGAAAAACAGGAGUCAGCUGUUGAGGGAGAAAUAAUACAUGAGAAGCCCAUAGUCAUUAAAGAAGACCCUGAGAAUAAAGAAUGUGACAAAUCUGCCCCACCAGAUAUCAGGCAAGUCACUCCUACUACAGCUUCUGAAGAAGAUCAAUUGCCCAGCAGUGCAGAGCCACCUCAAGCCAAAUCUCUGUUUGGUUUUGUAUCUGCACAGAGCGAGGCAGGAAAAUCUCUUGGAUCCCUUUUUUCAUCAACAAUGCCAUCAGUUGCUUCACCUUUGCCUCAAACGGAGGGAGGAAGUGGUCUGUUUUCAGGAUUAAAAACCCUCUCUGGAGGCCUAUUUCAAGAGGAUAAACCCACUGCUGGAAAACAAGAGCCACCUACUACAUCAUUAUUUGGGGCAAAAAUAAGUUUCCCUUGGCAGGCAGACCCACCCAAAUCACAACCUACCUCAGUUACAACAUCCCAACCCAAAACUAACAACCCAACAAGCAGUCAAACACAUAUUGUAGAAAAGGUUGCCACGUCUGAUGCCCAAAAGAAUCAAUCGGUAGGUUCCACAGAUGAUAUAGAAAACCCCCAGAUUUGCAUCUCCACUCCUGAAGUAGAUCCUUCAGCUUCCCUGACCCCAAAGGAGAAGGAAAGGCUUGUAGAAACAUAUCCCUCUGCAGGCCCAACCUCUGGAGUGCAGCUGGACAACCAGUCCGAGAAGGAUCUAUUGAAUGCAAAAAGUCCAGUCGAAAGUAGUCGCUUUGGAUCAUCAGGAAACCUAAGCCAGAUCAGCUCCCAGCUUAGUGAAACUGGCCACGAGAGCACUGGAGGGUCAGAACUGGAAGAGUCCUUCCACUCCUACCAUAGUACUGGCUUUCACCCGUCUACCAAUGGGCAGCUGCGCACAAAUGGACAUCUUCACACCAAUGGACUCUCUAAAGUCGAAGAGCAGGAGAUACAUGGGCUGUCCCCUGAAGUAGGACGGCCCUUGAAGAGUGACACUCCAGUCGAGAGAGUAUCGUCUAAACUCCAAAGGUUCCACGACGAUGGGCCGCCAUUACCCUUUUCUCCAUCCAGAGUUCGUUGGUUGAAGGCUAUCAAUAAAGUCAGAGUUCAACUCCGGGAGGUUCGAGAUGAGGAACCCAACGCUAGACAGGCCUGGGACAAACCAGGUGGUGGAUCUGGUCUGUAUGGAAUUGACAGCAUGCCAGACCUACGUAAAAAGAAGCCCAUCCCCUUGGUCAGCGAUGUGGCUAUGUCUCUUAUCCAAGCCAGGAAGGCCGGAAUCGCAUCUGCUAUGGCUGCACGGUCCUCAAUCAAGGAUGAGGAGCUGAAAAACCAUGUGUACAAGAAGACACUGCAGGCUCUCAUCUAUCCCAUAUCUUGCACUACACCACACAACUUCGAAGUUUGGACGGCCACUACUCCCACAUACUGCUAUGAGUGUGAGGGGCUGCUGUGGGGGAUUGCACGCCAAGGCAUGCGAUGCUCUGAAUGUGGGGUCAAGUGCCAUGAAAAGUGCCAAGAGCUGCUGAAUGCUGACUGCCUGCAGCGUGCUGCGGAGAAGAGCUCUAAGCAUGGAGCUGAAGACCGAACUCAAAAUAUCAUCAUGGCGAUGAAGGACAGGAUGAAGAUCAGAGAAAGGAACAAACCAGAAAUCUUUGAGCUGAUCAGAGAAGUGUUUGUCAUCAGCAAAGCCAUUCACGCGCAGCAGAUGAAGACCAUCAAGCAGAGCGUGUUGGACGGUACCUCAAAGUGGUCGGCCAAAAUCACCAUCACAGUCGUUUGUGCCCAAGGACUUCAGGCAAAAGACAAGACAGGAUCCAGUGAUCCCUAUGUUACAGUUCAAGUGGGAAAGACCAAGAAGAGAACCAAGACUAUUUAUGGCAAUCUCAAUCCAGUCUGGGAGGAGAAGUUCCACUUCGAAUGCCACAAUUCUUCAGACCGAAUCAAAGUGCGCGUGUGGGAUGAAGACGACGACAUCAAGUCCAGAGUGAAGCAGCGUCUGAAGAGGGAGUCUGAUGAUUUCCUGGGCCAGAGUAUCAUUGAAGUCCGAACGCUGAGUGGAGAAAUGGACGUCUGGUACAACCUGGAAAAGAGGACGGACAAGUCGGCCGUGUCAGGCGCCAUUCGCCUCCAAAUCAACGUGGAGAUCAAAGGAGAGGAGAAAGUGGCUGCAUAUCAUGUCCAGUACACUUGUUUGCAUGAGAACCUGUUCCACCAUUCAACUGAUGUGCUCGGCCAAGGAGUGGUGAAAAUCCCAGAGCCUCGAGGAGACGAUUCAUGGAAGGUCUACUUUGACGAUGUGGCACAGGAAAUAGUGGACGAGUUUGCCAUGCGCUAUGGGAUUGAGUCAAUCUACCAGGCCAUGACGCACUUUGCCUGUCUGUCGUCCAAGUACAUGUGUCCUGGAGUUCCUGCGGUGAUGAGCACCCUGCUGGCCAAUAUCAAUGCCUUCUACGCCCACACAACCGCCUCCACCAAUGUGUCCGCCUCCGACCGCUUCGCUGCUUCUAAUUUUGGGAAAGAACGCUUUGUCAAGCUCUUAGACCAGUUGCACAACUCCCUGCGCAUUGACCUUUCUACGUAUAGGAACCACUUCCCUGCUAGCAACAAGGAUCGCCUGCAAGAUCUGAAAUCCACUGUGGACCUUCUAACCAGCAUCACCUUCUUCAGGAUGAAGGUGCAGGAGUUGCAGUCUCCGCCCAGAGCAAGCCAGGUCGUGAGGGACUGUGUCAAGGCUUGUCUCAACUCCACGUACGACUACAUCUUCAAUAACUGUCACGAGCUGUACAGCAGACAGUACCAACCUCCUGACACAAACAGGGAGGAGCUCCCUUUGGAAGAGCAGGGCCCAAGCAUCAAGAACCUGGACUUCUGGCCCAAACUCAUCAUGCUGAUCGUCUCCAUCAUUGAAGAAGACAGGAACUCCUACACGCCCGUGCUCAACCAGUUCCCUCAGGAGCUGAAUGUAGGAAAGGUGUCGGCAGAGGUCAUGUGGACGUUGUUUGCUCAGGACAUGAUGUAUGCUUUGGAAGAACACGAGAAGCACAGACUGUGUAAAAGCACAGACUACAUGAACCUGCACUUCAAAGUCAAGUGGCUCUACAAUGAAUAUGUCAAGGAGCUGCCGAUCUUUAAGGGUGUUGUUCCCGACUACCCAUCGUGGUUUGUGCAGUUUGUGCUGCAGUGGUUGGAUGAAAAUGAGGACGUAUCGAUGGAGUUCAUGCAUGGAGCCCUGGAGAGAGACAAAAAAGAUGGAUUCCAGCAGACCUCUGAGCAUGCUCUGUUCUCCUGCUCUGUGGUGGACAUCUUCACCCAGCUCAACCAGAGCUUUGAAAUCAUCAAGAAACUGGAAUGUCCUGAUCCAAAAGUCAUGGCUCAGUACAGUCGCCGCUUCUCAAAGACAAUUGCCAAAGUUCUUCUGCAGUACAGUGCCAUUUUGACCAAGAGUUUUCCUACUUAUAUCGAUAAGGAGAAGAUUCCGUGUGUCCUAAUGAAUAACGUGCAGCAGUUGAGGAUCCAGCUGGAGAAGAUGUUUGAGUCGAUGGGCGCCAAACAGAUGGACACAGAGGCCAGUGACCUGCUGAACGACCUGCAGGUGAGGCUGAACAACGUGCUGGAUGACCUCAGCAGUACAUUUGGGAACAGUUUCCAGAGCCGUAUCAACGAUUGUAUGCGUCAGAUGGCGUCUUUGCUGUACCAGAUCAAAGGGCCGCUCAACGCUAACACUAAAAACCAGGUGGAGGCCGACUCUGAUAAUAUGCUACGGCCGCUCAUGGAUUUCCUGGAUGGAAAGCUAACGCUGUUCGCCACUGUGUGUGAGAAGACUGUAUUGAAGCGUGUGCUCAAGGAGCUGUGGAGGAUUGUAAUGAGCAGCCUGGAAAGGACUAUUGUCUUACCACAGGGGAAUGAUACCUUUGGAGCACAGAUCCUUUCAGCUGCAAAAGAACUGGGUCAGCUCUCCAAACUAAAGGAUCACAUGGCGGGGGAGGCUAAAAGCCUGUCCCCCAGGCAGUGCGCUGUCAUGGAUGUGGCACUGGACACUAUCAAGCAAUACUUCCAUGCAGGAGGGAACGGCCUGAAGAAGGCGUUCCUGGAAAAGAGUCCUGAGCUAUCGUCACUACGCCACGCUCUGUCCCUCUACACUCAGACAACAGACACACUCAUCAAGACCUUUGUGACCACACAACAUGCCCAAGUGCACAAUGGGAAGGGUAUUAGGUUAACUCCUAAUGAAAAAAUACAGCCCAGCAGGGGCUCAGGCGUGGACAAGCCGAUCGGAGAGGUGUCCAUCCAGAUUGAACUGUACACUCAUCCAGGGAAUGGAGAGCGGAAAGUUACCGCCAAAGUUGUGGGAGCCAAUGAUUUAAAAUGGCAGACGUCCGGCAUGUUUCGGCCUUUCGUGGAGAUCACCAUGAUCGGGCCUCACCUCAGCGACAAGAAACGCAGAUUCCAGACAAAAUCUAAGAACAACAGCUGGUCUCCCAAAUUCAACGAAACCUUCCAUUUUGCUCUUGGUAACCAGGACGACUUUGAGUGCUACGAGCUCCAAGCCUGCGUCAAAGACUACUGCUUUGGCCGUGCCGACCGAGUGGUGGGUUUGGCCGUGAUACAGCUAAGGGACAUCACUGAGAAGGGCAACUGCGCCUGCUGGUGUCCGCUGGGACAGCGCAUCCACAUGGACGACACGGGCCUGACCGCCAUGCGAAUCCUCUCGCAGCGCUCCAGCGAUGACGUGGCCAAGGAGUUCGUGAAGCUGAAGUCAGAGACCCGAUCAGCGGAGGAAGGCAGAUGAGGUCACCUAUUUCAUGGGUAACGGAAGGAUUGCGUGUGAUAGCCCGGUCAUGAAGCAGGGAGUUGUCUCUGAAGGGCCACGUGGACUCUCUGUUAGAACUUAGAUGUGUCUUAGCUGCUGCUGUUGAUCGUUUGGUGGCGCCUUGCCAAUCUCACCGACACACUGUCACAUUCUCACUCUGGGGAUUUUGGCCAUCACUCACUUUCUGCGUUCCGCAAACACAUUAUUAACCAAGCUACCGUCCAGCACACAGGCGUCGGCUCACUCAAACUUCACGCCCACCAGCUGUUGCACUAGGCAGUGACCACUUACUCCCGCCAUUUGCUCUUUUUGUUUACCCCCUUCCCUCAUCAGCCACAGUGGCACAGUCCACACUCUGUAGUCUCAAGGGAACAGAGGACGCCCGGCCCCGCUGGAGGGCCGAACAAGACCCCGCACCUCCCUGGCGUUGUCGUGCAAUAACCCCACCUCACCCCUCAAACCAUGGCCAAGUGUUUUAUGCCUUACACUUUUAAAACUGUGAAUGUGUUUGUCCUUCAGCUCCACUGUGGUGGUUUGAGGUCAAUGUGAAAAUUCUCUCAUGGUUUAUCUCAUGAAGAAGUCUUUUGUUGGAUUAACUAAUAUCUACUGUAGGAAACAGUGCUGGUCAAUUAUUGAAACAUUUUACUGGCGUUAGUCAUGUGUAGCUCAUUUCUCUAGACAAGGUACUUCAAUAAUAACCCUUUGUUUUACCCCUUUAUGUAAAUCAGUUAAAUGUGUGCCUUGGCAAAUCAAGUUUUAUGUGAGUAGUGAAAUCACUACUAACACGAAGGUUUAAGACAAAAACCUCAUUGAAAUGUCACUCUGUAUGUAAAGGGAGAGUCCUGUUGGCCAUACUUAAAUAUAAACUUCAUUCACAGCUCUUGGCUCGUGUGGCCUAAGUGUAACCACGACGGUGUAGCCAUUUUAUUUAUUUUUUUAUACGUAUUUAUUUUUUUCGUCUGUGAUUUGAAAUGUCGUUUACUGCUGGAGACAGUCGUGUUUGUCCGAGGCUGUGCGUCUGAAACUUUGCACGGCGUCUGAACGAGCUGCUGAAAUACACGCUCAGUACCCUCAAAACGAAGCGACAACCUAGAAUUAGUCCAUGACACGUGUUCGAUUAACAAAAGAGAUAACCGCCUCGUUGAACUGUUCGUUUGGAGUAAACAAAUAUUACAUGCUGAACUUUCAGGUAACAUCUCUUUCUUCCAUCAUAUUUGUGGUUUACAUAUAUCUUCCUGCUCUGUUUUCUCUUUGUAUGCGUGGCCUUACUUUGGUGAAAAAAUGGAAAGUGUAUCUUUUUAUUCUUUUUUAUCCUUGUAUUUCCAAAUGACAAUUGUCCACUUUUAUCUGAAAAUAAUGUCCAAUGAGUUUUUUUUUUUUUUCUCCAAGUGAUGUUCCUUAUCAUUUUGUACUUUUUAUCUCAGACGAUAUUGCAAUAUUGGUAACUACAUGUAGGUAGGCUGGGUUAUCUGCAAUUUGUUUUAUUUAGUAUUACAUUCCUUCAGAUGUCUUGUUAAGUUGUUUCCCUUUAUCCUCUUGAAUAGUUUGGGAUGACGUAUCACUUGUUGUGGACGGUGUGAUGUGUGAAGUUGUUCUUUACCGAGGAAGAAAUAAUAAAAUGUUACUCUUAAUGAAGGAUAAAUAUUGCUAUGUUAUGAUAACCUCAUUGUGUGCACAUUUUUAAACUGAUCACACUGUGUAGAAACCAGGAAAUCAGACUCCUCUUUGUUACAGUAUGUUAUCUUCUGUGAAUAAUUAAUAUUUAUGAGGGCAAAUAUUCCGUAGCCAUCCUGUAAGAUACACAUUCCCUGUGCCAAGUGUUCACUUUUGAUUAUAUAUACGUCGUUGCUUAUUUUCUAAAUUUGUUAUUUGUUAACCCUUGCACUAAAUCACUAAAUCACUGCAAUAGUUAACAAGUAUGUUAUAUCGGUCUCAGAAACUGCAUUUUUUUUUCUUUUUUGGUGUUUUCUAUGUAUCGUCACUACUCUGAAAAGUUGGUGUCACCAUGUAAACAUUCAGAUCCAUCAAUUUUGUAUAAAGUAUUUGAGAAGUA